UCGAUAAAGUUUGUGUUUUUAGAACCUGCACCUUAUCCUUCGACAGGUGUCGUUAAUAGUAAACUGUAUUGAGCGAUAAUCUGUAGCUGAUUUACUGGCGCUUGACGGAAAAAAAAAUUUAAAAAAAUAAAGGUAGCGGUAUUGGCGUGCGGUAAAGUUUAUACACAAUAUCAAGUCUAGCAGCUGUCCCAGCAAAAUGGCUGACAAGAGUGCAACUGUUGACAACUUACAUGUGAAAAAUGGCAACUUUAUUUGCGGUGUUGUCGAAGGAUUCUAUGGGAGGCCAUGGACAACAGAGCAACGAAAAGAUCUCUUCCAAAAGUUAAAAAAGUGGGGAAUGGAUUCAUACCUCUAUGCUCCAAAAGAUGACUACAAACACAGGGCAUACUGGCGCGAGUUGUAUACAGUGGAGGAAGCAGAACAUCUUACGAGUCUUAUAACUGCAGCAAAAGAAAAUGGAAUCACUUUUUAUUAUGCUCUUUCUCCUGGCCUGGACAUAACAUAUUCUAGUGCCAAAGAGGUAGCUGCUUUGAAGAGGAAACUUGAACAGGUCUCUCAGUUUGGUUGCUCUGCAUUUGCACUCUUGUUUGAUGAUAUAGAACCUGAAAUGUCAGAAGCUGAUAAAGAAGUUUUCCAGUCUUUCGCUCAUGCACAGGUGUCUGUCAGUAACGAGGUUUUCCAACACCUGGGGCAGCCACGCUUUAUGUUAUGUCCCACUCAGUACUGCGCAGCUAGAGCGACACCUAAUGUGCAAAAUUCAGAAUAUCUUAAUACUCUUGGAGCAAAACUGGCGCCUGAGAUUGAUAUUAUGUGGACAGGUUCAAAAGUCAUUUCACGUCUGCUUACAGUGGAAUCAAUUGAAGAAAUAACGGAUGUUCUUCGAAGGCCACCUGUUAUUUGGGACAACUUGCACGCCAAUGACUAUGACCAGAAACGUGUUUUCUUAGGACCAUAUUCUGGUCGAUCUCCUGAUCUUAUACCAAAGUUGCGUGGGGUUCUGACAAAUCCUAAUUGUGAAUAUGGUGCAAAUUUUGUGGCAAUACAUACCUUGGCUCAGUGGAGUCGCUGCAGUGUUGAUGGAAAACGUGAUUCAUCCCUCAAUGAUUCUGUGAGUGCAGACAUCAAAUUGGAAACUGAAACUGAGGAUGGAGGUGUGGGAGAGGAUGUUCCAUCUAAUCUGAGUCCCAAUACAUAUCACCCACGACGGGCACUGCGCAAUGCCAUUUCAGAAUGGUUACAUGAAUUCCACCGCCCACGACCAGCAUGGGGCCCUAUUGCAAAACCACAAGUUGUUGCUCCUGUGACCAUUCCUGUGCCUAUAGUGCCAUCUGUCAAUACCUGUAUGAGUCUAACAACAACAACAACUAGUUGCUCAGCUGGCUGUGGACCCACAUUACCUACUGUAAAUGCAAACCAACUUCAGGCACUAGCUGAUGUGUGCAGCACGGUGCCAAAUACCAAUGAAAGUAUGAUGCAGCCACUUCCUGGAGCAGUGAUGAACUCUCUUGUAUCGGAAACAAAAGUUGUGGUUGGUGAUUCGGCUGAGCCAAUGGAGUGUAAUCCUCCUCCUCCACCACCACCACCACCGCCUCCUGCUCCGUCAUCUGGAGAUCAUUCUUUAUCUGCUGAGACUAAUGAGACUCUCAGUGAGAGUAGUGAUCACCAGUUAACUGAGGAUGACCUUGCAUUACUAUGUGAUUUGUUCUACUUGCCAUUUGAACAUGGAGGACAGGGUCUUCAACUUUUGCAAGAGUUCAAUUGGCUUAAAAGCAAUGCCCAUGUUGUUACACUUCAGAAUCGCAACAAGGCUGAUGCAGAGCAUGGUAACAAACCAGAGGUACAAGAGUGGUUAGAAAGGGCAGCAAAACUUGAUGAAAUGAGUAAGGCUGUGAAUACCUUAUUUCGAAGACUCACCUACUGUGCAAAUAGGGAACUGUUGUAUGAUUUAUAUCCAUAUGUUUGGGAUAUGCGUGGUGUUAUAUCAUUGCUGAACUCUUACAUCAAAUGGUUAGCUAGCGGCCGCUUCCCGCAGAUGGUAGCCAGCUUCACCCUCGGCAGCUACACAUGGUUUUCAAAAGGAUGGAAGGAGACAUUUAUGAGUGGUGAACAAGAACCGUGGGUGUUCAGGGGUGGUCUGACAGCUGACCUUCAGCGAUUAAUACCUGUGGAUUCUGGAAAUGAUCUGUUCAUGUACAAAGCUCCUGAUGUACCAAGUAGUCAGAUUUUUACCAUAAGGCCAUACUUACCAUCAGAUGAAAGUCUGGUAUAUGCAGUGUGCCGCCAAACAUGUGCAGAUGGACGGGAUGGAACUGACCGUUUUCUAGAUUUGCCAGAUAUUAUUGGAGACAAGUUGGUUGGAGGGUUCUUGGCACUUAGUACAGAGUUCUGCUUUGUUGUUGAGGAUGAGAAUGGACUUGUUGGGUAUGCGUUGGCAGCACUUGAUGCACGGCAGUAUCACAAGAAGUUGGAACUAGCCUGGUUGCCAGAAAUGUGUGCCAAAUAUCCUCGGUCCAACAAUCUCUCAGGAACACUUUCACCUUCUGAGGAGGUAAUAGAAUGGUUCCAUACAUACAAAGCAGAUGUCCCUGAUGUUAUCCAUAGUCACCAUCCAUCUGUUAUGUGUUGUGCGCUGCUUCCAAAUGUCCUGGAUCAGAGUGUAUCCAAGAGACUAGUAACCUGCUUAUUGGCAGCUCUGCGAGCAAAUGGUUCGUUUGGUGUCUAUGUUCCCAUUAAUUCAAAGGACACUUAUAUGUUGGAGUUUUAUGGUAAGUUAGGUUUUCUGGAAUUGCAUCCUGGACUGAAUCCUGAGAUAACGUAUCUUGGCCGUGUCUUCUGAGUGAAUGAGAUUCAUGACCCUGGACAGCUCUUUUAUUAAUAGAGCAUGGAAUUUGUGCCUGAGGUAAUGGCUAAUGGGUCACUGUUAUAACAGCAGAUCUCUCCUUUCAUGUGUAAAUGUAGAGCUGCUAAUUGACAGUGGAUGUGAUUCACUACUGUUGAUAGUGGUUAUAACAAAGAAUGAGGGUGUCAUUUCUACAGCAGCUGAUAUGAACUUUUAAUGUCAUGGCUGCAUAAAAUGUCACUAUGUCGACAGCAUCUAUUAGACAGUUUGCGGAAAAUAAUUAAGAACUCUUCAUCUAACAGCCACAUGUAUCACAUGUAGUUGUUACUGAUGUGUUAGUAAUUGUGUGUGUGUUUGUGUGUGUGUGUGUGUGUGUGUGUGUGUGUGUGUGUGUGUGUGCGUGUGUGUGUGUGUGUGUGAGAGAGAGAGAGAGAGAGAGAGAGAGAGAGAGCGAGCGAGUGUUGUGCUCAUGUACACAAAUGUUCAUGAGACCAUGUAUUUAAAGGAUAUUCGUAAAUAGUUUAUUUCCUCACAUGCAGAGAGAAGAAAUGGAAAUAUUGCAGUCAGUCUUAAAAACCUCCUUUCUGUUAGAUUGUUGAAAGAGAGAUGAGUGUGCAGUUUCAUUUAGCAUCAGUAUUAAAUAAAAUCUUUUUUUGGAAUUGGAAUGUUCCAGUAAUGCACAGUUUAGUGUAACGUACUUUGUAUUUGUUGCUGGCUGGUGUCCAUGAACUUAUAUGAAACAAAUGGAUAACAGUGAUUACUGGCUUAAUCUCAUAUUUGGACAGUGGUACUUCACAGCACAUCUUGUGGUGCCAAUUUGUAUGAUGUUACUUCUUUUUAUGUCAUGUGUUGUUCUUUUGUCUAGUCAUUGACUUCUCCUGCACUCAUUAUAGGAUGCACUGUAUGCUGUGAAACACAUUGUGAUAUCAUAUAUUUCUAUUUCUUGAUAUGCAAAAUGAGCAGAAAUAAUAUAGAAAAUUUUCAGUGAAAUUUCUGUAUUCCAGCUAGUUAUUUUCAGAACAUCAUGGACACACAUUUAAGCCACAUGCAGGCUGACUGUCUUGAGAAUAAGUGGGUGGCGAACAUGUAAAAUAAUAGCCUCAUAAGUGGUGAAUGUACAACUUCCAGGAUGAUCUACAUCCCAGAAAAAAUUGAAGAUAUACAAUGUGUAAAAUAUUUACUGUAGUAAAUAUUUACUGUAGCAAUUUCGUUAAGAAGUGGUAUGUGAACAUUUAUGAACAUGGAGAAUAGUUUAGCUGAUAAUUAUCUUGUAAUCAGCAGUCAGAGAUUCAGUGGAGAAUUUUGUGAUGAAAUUUCCUCUUUGUUGUAGUGAAGGAAGUUACAUAACAUUAUGCAUAUAAAUGCUAUCCUUUUCUGAUCUCUGCCUGCUGUGUGCUCUUUGAUUUUUUGUGUGGACAUUUGUACGUGUAUCAUGUAUUGAUGUCUGACAUCUCAACAAAAUGUACAGUAAGAUAACUGUUGUAAAUUUGUAUUAACUAAUACACUGCCAUUGAUGA